AUGGCCGGCACCGUGGUUUACAUGGCUCCCGAGGUACUACAUCGGCCGCGCGGCCCGCGUGAAAUAUUUACUGAUCCCAGCUCAUUAUCCGGUUCUAAUCCCGUGGACCUGGGAUACGGCCGAGCCUGCGACAUAUGGUCACUGGCCUGCGUCGUUCUUGAGUUGCUGACGGGCCGCAGACCCUGGUAUGAGCUGACAGAAACGGCGGCCAUCGUGUUUCGCCUAUGCUCAGGUGCCACACCAUCUCUGCCUGCUGUGAUGCCAACGCGAGCCCUCAGAGAUCCAUCCCUUUUAACGCCUUGCCAUGAAAACCCUGGUUCAGAUUCGGAGUUUAUGGAUGUAGUAGCUCCGCCGCUGGGCUUCGUUAGUCCCGAAGCGGUUGAAUUUCUACAGUCCAGCCUCAAAUCCGACCCUGCUGCGCGCCCUAUGGCCAUUCAAUUAGGGCAGUUCGAAUUCGUUCGCUACUCCCAGCCUUCACUUUGA